AUGGCAGUCUUGCUUCUCGUGACAGCUGCGAUUGCAGCGGUGGGAGGUGCUCUCGACCUGCCCUCCUUGAAAGGGCAGGCUCAGCUGCUGGGCUUCUCUGGCGACCAGACGAAUUACAACGAGUCUGCUCCCCACAUGCGCUGGACGGGCCAUGUUGGCGUACGCUUCCAACAUGCGCCGCAGGACACCGUGUUCGGCUUCACGCCCGACACGGUGCUAAGGCAGGAUAUGCAUGCGCUGGUGUCGACGCUGCUGGAGGGCAACAGCUUCCCUGGCAGAGUAUCGAACGACUUUCCAGACUUUGACGAUGCUGCACUGUCGCCUUUCGGGGUCGUCUUCGUGUUCUGGGACAUCACGGGCACCUGCAAAGAAAAAGACUGUGGACUGUCUUCUGUCAGGAAAGACAUGACUGACAUGAGCAAGUCCUACGCGUUUCCGCCAGAGGCACCACUCAAAUAUCGAGGAACAACAUACUCUGCUUGCACGACCUCCUGGGGCGAGACGUGCUUCAAUUGCGCAACAUAUCCCAAGUCAGUGGGGUUGCCAAUUCCCGAAGACACUGGGAUGCUGCCCGAAUAUUUGGAGAAGAUGGCUUUGUUGCAUGGCUCCUUUUGCAGAUGCUACAAAUCUGGCAGAUGGCAUUCGAAGUCUGAUUGCUGGGCUGAGAGAAACAGAGUUCUUUUCAACACCUGUACAUUUGAACAGCCAGUGGAAGACCUUUGA